GCGGGCGGAGGCCGGGACUGCGCAGGCGCGGGGUCUGUGGGGAGCGCGGUGCGGGAUGAGCGCGGUGCCGGGGCUGCAGGCGGACUGCGAGGAGCUGCUCGGCGCCUUCCGGGACGCCGACACUGUGCGCUUCGAGCGCUUCGCCGAGCUGUGGCGGGAGCGCCGCUUCCACACCAUCUUCUAUGGAAGAAUCAGAGCUUUGGAGAGGAUUAAGCUGACAAAGAAGACUUUAGAAAUGGCACAGCAGUACUUCUUGCCCCCAUACACCUUCCAGAUUCGAGUUGGUGCUUUGUACCUUCUGUACGGGCUGUAUAAUACACAGCUUUGCCAGCCAAAACAAAAGAUCAGAAUUGCGUUCAAGGAUUGGCCUGAAAUCGAGAAAUUUCAACAGGAUCUGAUAGACUCCCAGCAUUACGAUGCAGCGUACAUCUUUUGGACACUGCGACUUGCCAGGGCAUUUCAUUUCACAGCAAUGCCAAAGCUACUAAACUACAGAACCAAGAAAAAGAUUGAGGAAAACGAAUUUAAAGAAGAAUUUAAGGAGCCAAGUAACAGAGUAACCAGCCUCAUCACUAAUGAUGUAUUGGAGGAACUGAUGAAUAUUCAUGAGCAUUAUCAGAAGAUGAAGUGUGUCAUUUCAGCUGACAAAUCCCAGCCAGACAAGGCCCUGAGCUUGAUAAAAGAUGAUUUUGUAGUUACUCUUAAAGACAUAGCCUUGGAACAUCAGGAAUGGCAACAGAAUAAAAUGAAAUUAUUCCUAAAUGCUAAAGAAACUGGUGAAACAUCAAACAGAAAGGAAGAAGAGACUUUGCUAGAAUCAGAGGGUUCUGAAAGAGCAAGUGCCUUGGCUAGAAUCAAAUACAAGUCUUACUCUGCAGUUGUUGAGGCUUCCAAAUCCAGAAGACAUCGUCAAGUAAAAUUAGAAUCUUCUGAAUCAGGAUUGAACUACGGGAAGUCUCCAAGCCGAAGUAAGAAAACCAGAAGACCACAGCCAGCAGGGAGAAGAGAUUCUUUGGAAAACAAAGGUAGAAGGACAACAUAAGUGCAUAUAAUUUAAUCUGUAGUCUCAUACAUAGUCCUGCUGGUUUUCCUCUGGAAAGGUGUGACCUUGGAAGAUCAGUGUCCUGUUUUUUCCUAUUGCCACGUAACAACAAUCCUGGAGAUUAAGAUAUGUAUCUAACUGUUUCUUCUGACAGAUAGCUUCUACUUUUGAAGCUAUCUUUUUGAUGAAAAUCAGCCUGUCCGGUAAUUUUGAUAGCUCGUACUAUCUUCAUGAGAUCCAAAGUAAGCCUUGCCUGUUUCUGACCUGUUCCGGAGCUCUUGAAGGAAUAUAGUAUUUCUGAAGAGAAAAUAAUAUUAAUGUCUUAAUGAUGAUGAUUGCUUUGCAAGACUGGUGCAGGUACCAGUCACAUCAGUCACUCUCCUUCCAUCUGAUACUCGUUAUUUAUUUUGUUCUUCUGUUACUGAAAUUUUUGGUACUUUAAUGUGAACAGAAAUCUUUUGCCAAAAACUAAUGUAGUUUAAAAACUCUUUUCAAAUUGUUUCCUUAAUCUCAGUAUUUGGAUUAAUGCAGUAGAACAGUCCUAGAUUUGUUUUAGUUUACAGCUUGACUUAGCUUUUCCCUUCUUGACGGGAGGGGUUUUUAUAAACCUGUGAUUUGUUUUUUGUGGUUCUAUUUUGUAAUUCUAUUUUAUUUCUGCUGAGCACUAAAAUUUAUCUAGGAAUCAAAACAAUUUUAAGGACUGAACUUUGGGAUCAUUUUUCUAAUUUUGAAAUGCACCUUGGAAGGAAAUGCUUUUAUGGGCUUGUACUUGGUAUUGGUCUGGUUUAUCUAUACUGAUUAAAGCAGCAUUGGUAUGUCCCUGUGUGCCCUCAGAGAGGCCCUUGAUUAAUGUACUAAUAAGAAGACUUCAAUGUUUUAAAAGAAAUAUUAUAGAACAUGAACUGCAAAUGCCUGUAAUCUCCCCUUGAAUGGUGGGGAGAGGAUAGAACUUUGUGCAUGAUGAAGAGAGACAUUUUCACUCGAUAGGCAGCCGGUAGGGAGAAUGAGUGCAAACAGAAAGUGAUGGAGUAAGCAAGGAUAUAGGGAAUGCUUUUAAAAGUAAGAAACUUGGAUGGGGAAUUACUGCCUGCCUCAGACCAGAAGUUUUUUAAAAAAAAAUUGACUUACCUGAUCCACAGUUGCUAAGUUAGUAUCUUUUUUUUUGUUUCUUUUAUUUGUGAAGUUUUUUGAAAAUAUGAUGCUAGGACCAAGAACUUAAAGGAUUAACCAUUUAUUUGGGUUCUUGUUCUAUGGUGUCAUCAUUUAUAUUAAUAUAUUCUGAAAGAGAUCCAGUCUCAGAAUGUGAUAAGACUGAAGUGAGGGUAUUUUGCUAGAUAGAAAGAGGAGAUGAGGAAGGAGAAAGAGAUCAGCUUUCCAUUUAAGGACUCUUGGAGAGAUCCUAUUUGAUAUUGCUGAUCUUUGGCAUAUCUGAACUGACCAGUGAUUGCUUUUGUUAUUUUACUAUCAGUAUUUGUCAUCUGGAUUGGUGCUCUUUUACUUUCUGGUUAUUUGCACAUCCCCGCUUACGCAUCUUUUUUUGUCUUCCAAGACUUUCUUUAGAUCUCUGCCUCUCAGUUCUGAAAACGUGGGGAAUUACUCUUCUUAAGGAAAUAGUCUUUCUCAUAUGUAACUUUUAAACUUAUAGAAGUUGCUCUGCCAUUUAAGUCUUUCACUCAUUAUUAAAGGUUAAAUGUCAUUGAACAGCAAGAUAGUCUCGAAUGAUCAGGGAUUUAAUUUUAAAGUUCCAAAUUUUGUUUUCUGUCUUGCUUGGCCUCUGCUAAGAGAAAAGUUACUGGUAAAAUUUAUCUCUCUUCAGAGGUGAGCAUUAGGCCUUUGCUGCUCUUGAAAAUGGUAGAUGAAGUCUUCAAGAGGAAUAAGGGCAUUCUGAAUUACCUCUUACUGGGUUGGUGAUUAAUAUGCUUUAAGCUUGUAGUGUUAAUUACUUGUUAUUGAAGAUUUCUUUAUUGAGCCAUAAGAAGAUACUGUGAAACAUAAGUGUUUCUUUACAGCCUUUGACUAGGAAGUCAAGAGAGCAGCAAGUGAAUAACCUUUUAACUGCAGGGCUUAAGAUGUAGAAGCAAAAAAAAAAAGCUGACAGUUUUUUCUAUAAA